GAGUCAGCACGCGCAGCAUCUUUAGCUGAAGUAGUCUAUCUACGAACUGUUUUUCGGGUUUAUUUUAUUUCAAAGAGCUUCAGAAAAGUCCACAAAUGUAUCCCGAGUCUUCCUCAGAAUGUGGUUAUGAGGCCUGCAAGGCUACAGCUGACUGGCUGCAGGAGCAGGCUCCUGUCCGCCCCCUGGUGGGCAUCGUGUGUGGCUCAGGCCUCGGCGGGCUCGCUGACAUGCUGAAAGAUCAGAAGGUCUUUAAUUACAGCGAUAUCCCCAACUUUCCACAAAGCACAGUGCAUGGUCAUGCUGGUCGGUUGGUAUUUGGCACUCUUAAAGGAAAGCCAUGUGUUUGCAUGCAGGGACGGUUCCACCUCUAUGAAGGAUAUUCCACCCAAAAGCUCACCAUGCCCAUACGCAUCUUUAAGCUGAUGGGCGUCGAGCUGUUGAUCUUGACGAAUGCCGCAGGAGGACUGAACCAAGACUACAAAGUUGGAGACAUCAUGAUCAUCAAAGACCACCUCAACCUGCCAGGUUUCGCUGGAAACAAUCCCUUGUGUGGACACAAUGAUGAGAGGUUUGGGACCCGUUUCCCAUGCAUGUCGGAUGCCUAUGACAAGCAGAUGAGGCAGCUGGCUCAAGAAGUGGGGGCGGAGCUUGGUUUCUCUGACUUCAUGAAGGAGGGUGUGUACUGUGUGCUCGGUGGGCCGUCCUUUGAGACCAUCGCUGAAUGCAGAAUGCUUAACUCUCUGGGUGCCGAUGCCGUGGGAAUGAGCACAGUCCAUGAGGUGAUCGUGGCCCGCCACUCUGGAAUGCAAGUCUUUGCCCUUUCCCUCAUAACCAACAAGGCCGUGAUGGACUAUGACAGUGAAGAGAAGGCCAACCACGAGGAGGUUCUGCAGACGGGAGAGCAGCGCUCCCAGCAGCUGCUAAAGCUGGUCUCCACCAUUGUGUCUCGCAUCCCUCAGCCUACUGAGAUCUAACUCAGAGCUGUACAACAACUAUAAACAGAAUCACACUCCCCUCUAGAUUCAUAUCAUCCUUGUACACCAGGCAUCCUACUAUGAUGAUCUGAAUAUUGCACUCGUACCUUCUUGCCCGUUUAAUAAGUAUCUUGCUUAUACUGUACUUUUAAUGUUUACAUUCCUAAUGAAAAGAGUUUUGAAAGAUUUCCAAUGUAAUGUCUUAAUUAACGAUGAUGCACUAAUUUAUAUUGUAUCUGAACAGAAUGUGGGCUGUCAAGUAUUGUAGAAAUACCGCUUAAUUACUAACUUAACAUGUCCCUUGGACCAGACUAUUUAUUAGAUGUACAGUAACAGUCAAAAGUUUGUACACACGUACUCAUUCAUAGUAAUAAGUAAGUGUGUACAAACUUUUGACUGAUGCUGUUUUCUGACACAAAUAUAACUUAAGUUGAGGAGUGAUGGAUAAAAAUGUUAUUUUAAUUUUUUUUCCUUGUAACGCUGUUGGAUAGCUGCCAGUGCUACCCUUUAAAAACAUAUUUAAGUAAAAACAUUAAGUUAAAUAUUUUUAUAAAGAUUUUUUUGUAUCUAAUACUGUGGUGAGGACCAUUUUGCGAAGCAUGUACCGUAUUAAAUUCACAAAUCUAAAAUUCUGCAGUUUAUUUUUAAGUCUCUUUGGUUGAUCACAAUAAACACAAUAAAGGCCAGACAUUUUG